AACACCAAGACUGUCACGUGUCCUCCUCCCUCGUACAUCACCACGAGGACACCAGAGACCUGUCAGGUUGCUCCAACCCCUCCUUGUACCAUCACCAGAGAACAACAGAGACUGUCACGGAUCCUCACCCUACAUCCCCACGAGAACUCCAGAGACUGUCACGGGUCCUCACCCAUUCAUCCCACGAGAACACAAGAGACUGUCACGGGUCUCCUCUCCUCCUUGUACAUCACCAGGAGAACACCAUGGGACUGUCAGGCCCCCCACAUCUCCACGAGAACACCAGAGACUGUCACGGGUCCUCCCCCAUUCCUUUUACAUCCCGGGAACUCAGAGACUGUCAGGUCCUCACCUUCAUCCCCGAGAACACCAGAGGACUGUCACGGAGAACUCCAGAGACUGUCACGGGUCCUCACCCCUUCAGCCCACGCGAAGGGACUGUCACGGGUCCUAACCCCUACAUCCCAAGAACACCAGAGAAACUGUCACAGAACACCAGAGACUUCACGGGUCCUCCUCCCAUUCCUUUUACAUCCCCAGAGACUCUAGAGACUGUCACGGUCCUCACCCCUUCAUCCGAACACCAGAGGACUGUCACGGGUCCUCACCCCUACACCCAGGAACACCAGAGGCUGUCAGGGUCCUUCGCCCCCAUCUUGUACAUCAUCACAAUAACACCAGUGGACUGUCACGAUUUCUCCCCCAUCCCCACGACAACACCAGAGACUGUCACGGGUCCUCCCCUACAUCCCGAGAACUCCAGAGACUGUCACGGGUCCUCACCCCCUUCAUCAAGACACCAGGGACUGUCACGGGUCCUCACCCUACAUCCCCAUGAGAACACCAGAGACUGUCACAGGUCCUCACCCCUACAUCCCACGAGAACACAGAGACUAACUCCAGAGACUGUCACUGGUCCUCACCCCUCAUCCCACGAGAACACCAGAGACUAUCACGGGUCCUCCGCCCCCUCUUCUUCAUCCACGGAUAACACCAAUGGACUGUCACGGGUCUCCGCUCUUCAUCCCACGAGAACACCAAAGACUCUCAAGGGUCCUAACCCCUUCAUCCCCACGAACACCAGAGACUGUCACGGGUCCUCCUCCUCCUCCUUGUACAUCACCGAAACACCAGGAACUGUCCGCGGUCUCACCCCUUCAUUCAACAGAACACCAGAGACUGUCACGGGGUUCUCCCCCUUCAUCCCCGACAACACCAGAGACUGCGGGUCCUCACCCCUACAUCCACACGAGAACUCCAGAGACUGUCACGGUCCUCACCCCUUCAUCCAACGAGAACACCAGAGGACUGUCACUGGUCCUCACCCCUCUCAUCCCCACGAGAACACCAGAGACUAUACGGGUCCUCCGACCCUCCUUGUAUAUCAUCACGAUAACACCAUGGACUGUCACGGGUCCUCCGCUCUUCAUCCCCACAGAGAACACCAGAGACUCUCAAGGGUCCUCACCCUUCAUCCCCACGAAACACCAGAGACUAGAGACUGUCACGGGUCCUCUUCCCCCCUCCUUGUACAUCAUCACGAUAACACCAGUGGACUGUCACGGGUCUCCCCUUCAUCCCACGAGAACACCAGAGACUGUCACGGGUCCUCCACCGCCACAUCCCCACGAGAACUCCAGAGAUUGUCACGGGUCCUCUUCAUCCAACGGAAACACCAGAGACUGUCACUGGUCCUCACCCCUCUCAUCCCGCGAAAACCAGAGAGAACAUCACGAUCCUCCUCCCCUCCUUGGACUGUCGGGUCCUCAUCCCUCCUCCUUGUACACAUAACCACGAGAACACCAGAGACUGUCACGGGUCCUCACCUUCAGCCCAAGGCACCAGAGACUGUCACGGGUCCUCAACCCUUCAUCCCGCAAGAACACCAGAGACUGUCGGUCCUCCCAUCACCCGACAAGGACUGUAACGCGUCUUCACCCUUCUUCACCACGGGUACACCAGAGACUGUCACGGGCCUCCUCCCCUCCUUGUUCAUCUACACAGAACACCAGAGACUGUCACGGGUCCUCACCCUACAUCCCCACAGAACCACAAAGAGUGUCACUUGUAGUCCUCCUCCUUUAACAUCACCACGAGAACACAGGGACUGUCACGGGUACUCCUCCCCAUCCUUGUUCAUGCCCGAGAACUCCAAAGACUGGACUGUCACGGGUCCUCAUCCCUCCUCCUUGUACAUAACCACAGAACACCAAGGGUGUCACGGGUCCUCACCCUUCAGCCCAAAGGCACCAAAGACUGUCGGGUCCUCAACCCUUCAUCCCGACGAGAACACCAGAGACUGUCGGGUCCUCAACCCCUCAUCACCACGAGAACACUAG